CGGGGCCGCAGCGCCGCGCCGGGCUGGCGGCUGCUCGGGCGGCGGGAUGGGGCGGAGGGCGCAGCCCGGCAGGCAGCCUGCCCCGCCGCCCCGGCAGCCGGCUCCCUGAGGCACCUCGGCCCGCCGCUGGAAAUGAACCCAGGAAGUAAUGUGAAGGGCCAUGUGAAGCUCUGUCAUAGCAGAAAUUUGCUAAAAGAUUGCUCUACCUAAUUUCAGAAAUUGAGAAGGGAUAAGUGGAAGGAGAAAAUGUUGGGCUGGUGCCAAGCGAUAGCUCGUAACCCUCACAGACUUCCAAACAGCACAAGAACACCCGAGGUCUCAGGUGAUGCUUCACAUAACUCUACUUUGAAUGAUAAAUCCCCAGGGCGUUCAACAAGUCGAUCAAGCAACAUUUCAAAGGCAAGCAGUCCUACAACAGGAACAGCUCCCAGGAGUCAGUCACGGUUGUCUGUCUGCCCUUCCACUCAGGACAUUUGUAGGAUCUGUCACUGUGAGGGAGAUGAUGAAAGUCCCCUCAUCACACCGUGUCGCUGCACAGGGACCCUGCGCUUUGUUCAUCAGGCCUGCCUGCACCAGUGGAUCAAGAGCUCAGACACGCGCUGUUGUGAACUCUGCAAGUACGACUUUAUAAUGGAGACCAAGCUCAAACCUCUUCGGAAGUGGGAGAAACUACAGAUGACAACAAGUGAGAGGAGGAAAAUAGUUUGUUCAGUCACAUUCCACGUAAUUGCAAUUACCUGUGUUGUUUGGUCAUUGUAUGUUUUAAUUGAUAGAACCGCUGAGGAAAUUAAACAAGGCAAUGAUAAUGGUGUCCUUGAAUGGCCGUUUUGGACAAAACUCGUUGUGGUGGCCAUUGGAUUCACGGGGGGCCUGGUCUUCAUGUACGUGCAGUGUAAGGUUUAUGUGCAGCUGUGGCGCAGGUUGAAAGCCUACAACAGAGUCAUCUUUGUUCAGAACUGCCCAGACACCGCCAAAAAACUGGAGGAGAAGAACUCUUUGAGCACUCAGAGCUCGGACGUCAAGGACGCAGUGGUGGUGCCAGUAGCACAGACAGGUACAAACUCUCAGCCGGCAGCUGAAGAAACGACAUCUGAGGUCAUGCCAGUUUGACAGCGACAGCAUUGUUUCUUCCUUGCAGAAUAAGGCGUAGUGUUUUCUACACUACAAAUGCUAAAAGAGAGUAGAAAUGACUGUGCAUUUUUUCAGUUAAAAAAACAAACAAAAAAAACCCACACAAAAAACAAAAUCCUACAAGGAAAAUGGAUCCAGCAAAGCAACUUGUUACUGUAUGGAAUGUGACCGUUCGUGAAGUAGUUUCUCAACUAGUCAGCAAGUGUAGUGAAAGUGGAAGUGUAGAAAGUGCAAUAGAGAACAGGUUUAACAGACAAUGCCAAACCCAGGUGACAAGAGUACUUUUUUUUUUUUUUUUAAUUGGAUGGCUGGGAAAGUAGAAACAGACCUGAUGUAAUCAUGUUGUUUACAGAAAACAAAAACCUUUCAUCUGUUUACUACUAAAAGUUGUAUUUGCUAUUUAUCUUCUUAAAGAUACACUUCAAAAGGGUACCAGUCAAUUUUAUAUGCAUUAACUGCAUCGAAGUAUGAAGAGCUGUACCACAGCAAUCACUCUCUAAGCCUCCUAUGGUAACACAUGUUCACCUGACUGCAGCGCAGCCUGAAUGUUUGGGCAGCUGUGUCAACUGAGGAUAUUUGAAACAAUUGAAGUGUAGCAUUGUUUUUAAAUAUGCCUGAAUUUUUGCAAAGUAAGCAGUUCCAACCAGUAUAAACUCAUGUCUCCAUAAGCUACAGAUUUUUUUUUUUGAGUAUAGCUGUCAGCAAAAUAAGUACAGGAAGGAGAGAAUGUGUAGAUACGUAUUUAGAAGAGCAGCUCAGUUGUUUAUUUUACUUUGGAAGAGUGGAUUAGACAUAAAUUGGAUACACAAGUUUUGAGGCAGGACUAUAAAAAAAAAUGCAGUUUACUGCAGAAUCACACAAAAGUAAACUGCAUACUAUCAAAGGUCUGAAAAAGGAUGACACAUAGGGAAGAUGGAAGCCAUUUUUGGUUUUAUUUUUUAAGAUUCAUAAUACAGAAAGGCAGAUGUAAGAGAAUAUACCUGCGUAUCUUAAGAGAACAGUUUUGAUCUCCUUGUUCUGAAAAGUUAGUUUUUAUCUUCCCGACUGAAAAAAACAAAUCAAUGGUUUCCCUCUGUACAGAUAAACUUGAGGUGUUAGAGAUUCAACAGUUCAGUUGUUAACUUCGUGUUUCGAGCAUUCUCAUAAAAAUGAAGUGUGAAUAGCAUUAAAGGGUGCAAUAGAUAAAUGAAUGUAGAUAUAAUACUGUGUCCAACAGGGUGAAUUAUAUAUAAAGAACCAAUUUUGUGAUUCGCUUCUCAUACCUGUGAUGUUUACCAUCAGGACACAACAGCAAGUAUUGCCUUGGAGUAAUUAUGUACUGGCAUGGACAAGUCUGGGGCCUGAACGUAAUGUAUUUUUUUUUAAAAAAAUUAAAAGUUCCUUUUUGAUCUUGUAUUUAGGUAAAGGAGGAAAAGCAAAAAGCAAAUAAAGAACGCGAGUAAAGAGGAUAGGAGAGCACAGGUUCAUUCAAAAGGGGAAAUCUGCCACAAUUACAAGUGAACUAGAUUUCUACAGAAGCCUUGCAGUUUCUAAUGGUAAACUUCCUCUUUACACAUUUUCCCAGGUUCAGUACUAGCAAGAAAUGUGUCUUUUAUCAGACCAUUAUGUUCUUUUGUAUUGGAACUGCUCAUGUAAUUUGGCUGUGAAUAAGUGAUUGUCAUCUAGCUAGACAGGACACAAAACCUUGGUGCUUGAACAGGCCAUAAAUACAUACUAAUAUUUGCUCAAAGUUACUCCAGGUGAGUUGGAUUAAUGUUUAAGUUUUUCCACAUAAUGACAUGCACUUUUCAUAUAAAAUAACUCUCCAAUCAUACAAAUGAAUUGGAAUUGUAGCAGCUUCUCAUCUGAAAUGACAUACAAGAGUAACCAAAUUAUGUCUGUUUAUAAUUGUGGAGACUUCAAAAGGUCUUCAGAAAAUGAUGACAGUACUAAGGAAUGCCUCAUAACUGCACGUUUAAGAUAGUCUGCAAAGGCAUGGUUUUCCAAAAAGUGUAAAUCUACUUGCUAAAAAGUAAAUCUCAUGAUAUCUCAAGUUAGACACUUAAAAUUACUAGCUGCAUCUAAAUGUUUGGAAUGAUGCUUACAAUAAAACCUGAUGAAUCAUAACAAAAUUGACUGACAAGGAACAUUAUUAUGGAAGAUAAUUAAGAGCUUUCUGAAAUAAUGAGAAAGUUUCUUACUGACAGUAACCCUGCCUCUUUAGUCAGCUUGUUCUUUGACCUGCUGUAGCAUCAUGAGCCUGCUGAAAGUACUUUAUCCCCUAUUUUGAUAAUUUACUGGAGACAAACAAUUCGCAUUGUUUUUUUCUUGAACGGGUAUAAAAUUCAACUCAAAGAAAAAAAUACCUGAGGCUUCUGAAAGCUGAUUUGUAGCAUCCAACAAGAUUACUGUACAUUUCUAAAACUCAAUUGAAGAGUCAGCAACAAAACAGACAACUUGCAAAAUUUUAUACUAACAACUUCAACUUUAUAACACUAUUUUGGCACUCAUCUCAAUGACACAUGCAACUGUACUUACAGUUAGUUAAAUAUAAGAAUGGAGAAAGACUUCAGUUCAAAUUCCUCCUCUCCCUUUGAAAUAUUAAUUUGAACAGCAGGAAAAGGAGCAAAAUGGGACAGUGUCUGCUGAGAUAGACAAAGAGAGAAGUCAGCAGCAAGAGAGAUUACAAGAGGCUUGAAGCAGUCUUUAACCUUUUAAAGCAUUACAGUAUUAGCCUGUGCAUCCCUUUCUCUUUGGUGCAAUGGAUAUUCUAGAGCUUUCAUGGAUUUCGUGCAGGAUUGGAAUUUAUUUCUGAAGCAGGAUGCAACCUCUUCAAGAGGGCAAGGAGCUCUUCACACCAACAUGCCUUGCACGAGUAAGGAAGGUGCAUGAAUACAGACACUAGACAGCUGUUUAUCAGCCAAUGUUUUUUUCAUUCCCACACAAAGCACAAUUUUCUGUAUCAAUUUAAUAACCACGGGAUUCUAUCCUGCAAAAACAGUACACUGAAGGUUUUAAGACACAUUCUAAGACACUUUAAUGAAAAUGAUCUAUCAAGUAACAAUCCGUAUCAAACUGCCUGUGUAGCCACAGUGCACCUCAGGCAAAUACGCUGACAGUGGAAUUUAGCGUGGCUAAACCCACAAGGGCAGAACCUUUUUUCAGUUUUAAUGAAGGUAGGUAGAAGAAAUCUGGUGUCAGAUCAGAUCUGGAAUUUUAAACAAGAUACUCCUAACCUGUGAACAUGCACGUUUCUUUUUCUAAGUUACAAGCAUUAUAAAGUUUAUUUCAAACUGGCAUAAACAUACCACUUUUGACCAUCAUUAGCAUUACGAAGAUUCUCAACUAGUCCACUCACCCACUGCUCUAUUUUAAAGCAGUGUUUAUUUUUGUUGUGUAGAAAAAAAGAAAAAAAAGUAGUAAUUCCCCAUCACCAAAACAAGCUGUUUAUAAUUUCUAAUAAUGCAAUGAAACUUACUCUAUGAUGAAAAUAUUUUACUGUGUAUAAUAUUUGGAACUACGAGUUUGUGUUACUUGUUUAACUCCCUCUCUUUUGCAAAAGAAAAAUUGUAUGUUUUUGUGGGUGAAUGUGUACUGAAAGACAGAAGGUAAGGGAAACAAAAGUAAUAUAUCUGCUUAUUGUUGUGAAAAAAAUGUAUUUGUAUUAAAUGACCCAAAUUACUG